CCGUACUAUACUUCGUUCGCGACGCUUUGCUAAUGCGAGUGCCAAAACCAGGGGAACCGGCUUAGGGGCCGACAUAAAAUUGAACUAGAAGUAAGGUGCUACCUCUUCCAAAAUUCGGCAGACAAACAAAAAUUUGAGGAACACUUAGCAAAUUGCCCAGCGUGGAUCUGGCUCAACAAGAUCGUUCAGGGAUCGCUACAUCCGCAGCGCAUUCAAAAACUUGGAUCCACAGGAGGAGGAAGAUGCCGAAAGAGGACCAAGUACAAGGAUAGGCUAGGCAACACCCCAGAUGAUGUCACAAAAAUGAACAGAAUUAAAAUUAAAAGCACGACUAGAACACUUCAAAAAUUUCAACAACAAAACUUGGUUCAUAUACAAUAAUUUCAAACAAAAAAAAUGGAACGGAAAAGGGCUGAAGAGGAGGAAAGGCGAAGAAAGAAGGAGGAGACGAGAGCGAAAAUCGAAAGGGCAAUACUCUGGCAAAGAGUACUGGCAAUGAUGGCAGCAGAGGAAGAAAGGAAGAAAAGGGAAGAGGAAGAACAAAUAACAGAGGAAUGGAGAGAGUACAGGGAAAAGAGAGCAAGAGAAGUUGAGGAAUGGAUUAAAAAAAGGGAAAAGAAAAAAAAAUUUUAAUAAAACUACAUACUAUAUUAUAAAAA